CACUGUCCGUCAGACCAACCGGUAGAUUUUACAACCGUUAGAUGACGUGUAACAAGGAACAGCAGUGAACCAACCGGUCCAACUGUUAAUUUUAGAUUUUACCAGUCUAUUUAGUCCGGUUUAAAACUCUACCUUUUAGUUUCCUUUUUCUCUCUUCUCUACAGAUUUAUUUUCCUCGAAAAUAUGAAUCAUCAGUUGACUCUAAUCCCCUUACUCUUCUUCACUUCCGCCAUAGCUGAAACCUUCAAAAACCUCGAUUCUCAUCCACAGUUCCCCUGUAAACCUCCUCAUUUCAGCUCUUACCCAUUCUGCAACGUAUCUCUAUCCAUAAAACAACGAGCAAUUUCUCUCGUCUCCCUCCUUACGCUCCCGGAGAAGAUCGGUCAGCUUUCAACCACAGCUGCUUCAGUACCUCGUCUCGGUAUCCCUCCGUACGAGUGGUGGUCGGAGUCUCUACACGGACUCGCCGAUAACGGUCCCGGAGUUUCCUUCAACGGUUCGAUCUCCGCCGCUACUAGUUUUCCUCAGGUAAUCGUAUCUGCUGCAUCUUUCAAUAGAACGCUAUGGUACAAGAUCGGAUCUGCUGUUGCGGUAGAAGCUCGGGCUAUGUACAACGGUGGUCAAGCUGGGUUGACUUUUUGGGCUCCGAAUAUAAAUGUGUUUAGGGAUCCGAGAUGGGGAAGAGGGCAGGAGACUCCUGGUGAGGAUCCAAAGGUAGUUUCUGAGUAUGGAGUUGAGUUCGUUAGAGGGUUUCAAGAAAAGAAGAAGAGGAAGGUUUUGCAAAGAAGAUUUGGUAGUGAUGAUGUUGAUGAUGAUGCUCGUUAUGAUGAUGAUGAUGGUGAUGGGAAACUCAUGUUAUCUGCUUGUUGUAAGCAUUUCACUGCCUAUGAUUUGGAAAAAUGGGGGAAUUUCACUAGAUAUGACUUCAAUGCAGUGGUCACAGAACAGGACAUGGAAGACACAUAUCAGCCCCCAUUUGAGACUUGCAUAAAAGAUGGUAAAGCUAGCUGCUUGAUGUGUUCAUAUAAUGCAGUUAAUGGGGUCCCUGCUUGUGCGCAAGGAGACUUAUUACAAAAAGCUCGAGUUGAAUGGGGAUUUGAAGGGUACAUUACAUCAGACUGUGAUGCUGUGGCAACCAUUUUUGAGUACCAAGGAUAUACUAAGUCACCAGAGGAAGCUGUUGCAGAUGCCAUAAAAGCAGGGGUGGAUAUAAAUUGUGGAACAUACAUGCUUCGGAACACACAAUCUGCGAUUGAGCAAGGGAAGGUUAGCGAAGAACUAGUAGACCGAGCUCUGCUAAAUCUCUUUGCUGUUCAACUUCGUCUUGGACUUUUUGAUGGUGAUCCAAGAGGAGGACAUUACGGAAAGUUAGGAUCAAAUGAUAUUUGUAGCUCAGACCACAGAAAAUUGGCACUGGAAGCAGCAAGACAGGGUAUCGUGCUUCUGAAAAAUGAUCACAAGUUGUUGCCUUUGAACAAAAACCAUGUUUCUUCUUUAGCAAUCGUUGGUCCAAUGGCGAAUAAUAUAAGCAAUAUGGGCGGUACUUAUACAGGAAAGCCGUGUCAACGAAAGACUUUGUUCACGGAACUUCUGGAGUAUGUAAAGAAGACAUCUUAUGUGUCUGGUUGCUCAGACGUGUCUUGUGUUUCUGAUACCGGAUUUGGAGAAGCUGUUGCCAUCGCCAAGGGAGCGGAUUUUGUCAUAGUAGUUGCAGGAUUAGAUCUCUCUCAAGAAACCGAGGAUAAGGAUCGAUUUAGUCUUUCUUUGCCGGGUAAACAGAAAGAUCUUGUGUCUUCUAUUGCAGCUGUGAGCAAAAAACCGGUGAUUCUUGUUCUAACCGGUGGAGGACCAGUGGAUGUAACGUUUGCUAAAAAUGACCCGAGAAUCGGAAGCAUCAUCUGGAUUGGUUAUCCAGGUGAAACCGGUGGACAAGCACUCGCUGAAAUCAUAUUUGGAGACUUCAAUCCAGGUGGAAGAUUACCGAUAACGUGGUAUCCCGAGUCCUUCACGGAUGUUCCAAUGUCGGAUAUGCACAUGAGAGCCGAUUCAUCUCGUGGAUAUCCGGGAAGAACAUACAGAUUCUAUACCGGACCUCAAGUUUACAGUUUUGGAGCUGGUUUAAGCUACACGAAAUUCGAUUACAAGAUCAUAUCAGCACCAAUCAGACUUAGCUUAUCAGAACUUCUUCCACAACAGUCUUCUCACAAGAAACAACUACUACAACACGGAGAAGAACAGCUCCAAUACAUACAGCUCGAUGAUGUGAUGGUUAACUCUUGCGAAUCUCUGCGCUUUAAUGUUCAGGUUAACGUGAGAAAUACCGGAGAAAUCGACGGUAGUCAUGUUUUGAUGCUGUUUUCGAAAAUGCCUCGGGUUUUGUCUGGUGUUCCGGAGAAGCAGCUGAUUGGAUUUGAUCGUGUUCAUGUUCGUUCCAAUGAGAUGAUGGAAACAGUGUUCGUGAUCGAUCCUUGCAAGCAUCUAAGCGUUGCGAAUGAUGUCGGGAAGAGAGUGAUUCCUCUGGGGAUUCAUGCCUUGUUCUUGGGAGAUUUACAACAUUCUCUAUCUGUUGAAUUAUAAAAAACUGUAAUCCGGAAAAAGCCAAUCAAAAUGUAAUUCCUUC